AUGUCAAUUUCCACAGAUAUCAAGGAAAAACCGAUUGAAUACUUCAUUGCUAAAUCCACGGAUCCGUAUGUAAACGACGGGGAGAGGCGAAAAUUCGCUGAAAAGCUCUGUGAGAUUGUGAAUUUCGAGAUAGAGGGCGCGCAAUUGGCGGUGAGUCAAUUGGGACACAAAAUCGCGAGUCCAAAUCAAGAUGAGAGUCUCUACUCACUACAGGCCAUCGAUCUCUUGGUUCGACGAUGUGGAGCAAAAAUCCACACUCGAGUUGGCAAAUUUCGCUUUCUAAAUCAGCUCGUUCGAUUGUUAACACCAAAAUAUCUUGGCAAAGAAACAUCAGAAAAGGUGAAAUACCAAGCCACAAUAAUGCUGUACACAUGGCAGAAAUCGAUGGGACAUUUGGAGAAAUUUAAAGAAGUGUACGACUCAUUAAAAGAUCGAGGGAUUAUCACAGAAGAUCCAUCAAUUGAAGAAGAAAGCGUCUUGAUCAUCCCACCACCUCCACCGAAAUUCGCCGUAUUUGAGGAUGAGGAAAAGUCGAGGCUUUUGAAAGAACUUUUACAGAGUAAUAAAACCGAGGACCUCCAGACAGCUAAUCGUUUGAUCAAGAGUCUUGUUCGAUCGGAAGAUCAAAAAGUCGAAAAAAUCAAUAAACGCUCGGAUGAUCUCGACAAAACGGUGAAACUCUGUCAAAUGAUGGAAACGGCGAUGAGGAUUGGAGGAGCCUCUGGGGAUAUUACAGAACUUCACGAUCGUCUCUCCGAAAUCCGCCCCAUCAUCUUCAAAUACGCAAAUGAGGCAGCUGAAAGCUCUGAUGAGAUUUUGGCAGAGAUUUUACAGAUCAAUGACACGCUAAACCGUCUUCUCCAAAUGUACGAGACGCAAAAAUUGAGGAGGCAUGAGAUAACAGCGUCAAUCCCGAUCCCGAGCCUCUACGAAUCAAAGAGCGAUCAAAGAGGAACUUUUCUAUCAUCCCCAGUGCGUUGCCUGCCCGAGUCUGUUUCUUUCACUGAACAACAGAUUCAAAUGUCCGCCGAGUCUCCGAUUUCAAUAAUGGAGCGUAAAAACAUCAAGAUCAUCCUUCACUACAGUCAGAAUUCACCACCAGGGACAACAGGAGUGAAAACAGCGUUGAUCUCGUUGUUGAACUUCAACACGCAUCCUCUUCAAAAUGUGGCCCUUCAAGUCUACACGAACAAUUUAAGAAUAAGCAGCCGUUUGCUGUGGUCUGAUGGGCGACGAGUGGAGGGUUUCUCCUCAAAUCAUCCCACUCCUCAUUCCCGUGCAAUUCUUCUCGUCCUUCCAUUAGAUCACGAGAUACAAGAGUGUGAAUUCAUCUACUCGAUCAGUUUCACCGAUGUUUUUGAGGAAACAAUCACCGGCACUUUCUCAAUGAAAGUUCAA